UGAAGGCAGCAUUAUUUCCUGUUCAAAGGAUAUAUCGUCAGUACAAGUCAAAGGCAGUUUAAUGUAUUUUCAGCUCAGGUAUUUGCUUGACACGCAGUUUUUAACUUCUUUCCUGAGCUAUGACGCUUUAGAAAGCCAUACAGCAAUGUUUCUGGAAUAUUUCGACGCGGCUGGACGACUCGGAAAUUUAGCGGGCUCUACGAGCGAGUGAGAGACAUGGACAACUCUGUCACCCUAUGGCAGUUCCUUCUCCAGCUCCUUUUGGAUUCCAGCAACGAGCAGCUGAUCUGCUGGACCAAUGAGGAAGGGGAGUUCAAGCUGCUGCAGGCGGAGGAGGUGGCCCGGCUGUGGGGAGCCCGCAAGAACAAGCCCAACAUGAACUACGACAAACUCAGCAGGGCUCUCAGAUACUACUACGACAAGAACAUCAUAAAGAAGGUGAACGGUCAGAAGUUCGUCUACCGCUUUGUGUCCUACCCUGAUAUCCUUAAAGGAGAUGUAGGCACCCGAACGGAGGGAGGAGAUGUGGGUGCUGGAGGUGUCCCUACCCUGAUUAGAAGAGGGGACAGCACCCUACAGGAGGGUGAAUCUGGUGACCGCAGCAAGGUAGGGGGUAGCGCAGGCGCUCUGAUCUCCAGCACCAAGCAGUCAAACCGUAACGACUACAUCCACUCUGGCCUGUACACCUCGUUUACCCUCAACUCGCUGCAAAAUGGACGCCAGCUCUUCAAAUCCAUCAAAAUAGAGAACCCGGCCGAGAAGAUGGCUGAAAAGAGGGGUCUCUCCUCUGCCACUCAGAGCCAGGAGCCUCAACCGCCACAGUCGGCAGCAUUGCCGUCCGUCAUCAAGUUCGGAAAUACCCCUCCGAAACCGGCGCCACCUCAUCAGGUCGCCAUAGAGACAACCAUCAUUUCCACUCAGCUGGAGCCUCUGCAAGCUCCACCCCCAAGAGCAGAAGACAUCAGCACACACUCCACCCUGCCGUCCCAUUACAUGUACUCGUUUGAACACAUCCGCCCGUCAGAAUCGCACUUCAGCCUGCCGGACCUGACCUCGGCCACGCCGUCCCCGAGCUUAGUUCCCGACUCCUCCCAGGAGCUGGUGAUCGACAGCGACAUGGAUUCCGGAUCCUCUCAGCCUGCAGACGCUCCGCCACUGGAACCCACAGAUGCUCAGGCAGAGAGGUUGGAAAGUGGUAGCGGUUUGUCCGGAGACGAGACCAUCAUGGUGGACGCCGAUACCAGUUCGUCGUCAGUGAGCAGCAGCAGCACCACAGUCUGCACUCAGAGCUCAGGAAAGGCACGCAAGCCGCCCAAAAUCCUGCAGAUCAGCCCGCCAACACUGCUGGUCACUACCUCUGACUUCUCCCCCAUGAAUCUGUGCAGCCCCUCUCUACCCACCGCCUCUCUCACACCAGCAAUGCUACAGACUCCCACUCUGUUGCUGACUCCCAGUCCCCUCCUGUCCAACAUCCACUUCUGGAGCACGCUCAGUCCCGUGGCUCCGCUCAGCCCUGCCACACGACGCCAGGGAGCCCACCUGUUCCAAUUCCCGUCAGUCCUCACCCCACAGUUCCAGAUCCCCAUGCACAGCAUGGAUGGGACCAACACGCCCGGCCCCAUUUCCCCAGACCCUCAGAAGACAUAGGGUUAACCCCCUCCCCCCUUCCCCGUCCACUAUCUCGCUGCAUUAGAUCCCAGACAGCCAGACAUUGCCCCCUCCUCCCCCACAUCCAGGACUAUGAUGUGGGAGCUGAGUCAUUGCCAUUCCUCAUCACUCUGGUGCUUUAACGUCCUCUGCCACACACAUAAAGUCACACUACAGUCAAGAUGUGUGGAGGGAUGUGGAGAGAUGCUGGCAGUCCAGGUUCGAUGGAGGUUUGUUUCAUAGCACUUACACCCUGAGGAUGCUAUUCUGUACACACACACACACACACACACUGAUGCCAUCAGCCCUUUCACACUUAUGGAUUCAUUUCGUCUGGCGUUCUCGGAUCCUCGGUCACAACGACAAAGACCGGAGGAAUUUCCAUGGCAACCACUGGUGCAUGACGAUUGGACUCUCAGCAGCCAAAUCUGCUUCAUAUUUGGACACAGAUCAGUGGGACUGCAGAUAUCUGAAUCUUUCCUUUUUAUAGAAUUUCCUCCCAAUCUUGUGCAUCAGUGUUUAUUGCCAAAAAGACACAUCAGUUCCUGUUUUUUCUCCUUGGCUGACGAUUAUUGUUGUGCUCUCUUCUUAACUUCACCUUUUACACUUGUUGAAAGGGUAGUGCUUUAACGUGUUAACCUGCAUGUUUACCUGCAAGUCUCUCUAUCUUUUUACCCAGCUCUGAACCUCGCCUCAACUGCCUGAGUGUGCACUGUUUGCUGCUCUGAAAAAAAAAAAAGGUCAGCUAACCGUAGCCACGUCCAAUAGCUUGUCUUAUUGUGACACGUGGCCACAAUCGGAGCCGAACCUCAAAUCAUGCCUCUGUAUAAUAGUUUUAAUGUAAAUGGAGUAGGACGGCCCUGGAAGCCAUCAUGCUCUGGUCCGUGUGCAGCCAAUCAGCUUUUCAGAUGUGAAUGAAAGAAAGUGAAGCCAUAAACCCUUUCUGCGCGUCGACUCUGCAAGCAACCUCGCAAAAAGUGUGGAUUUCCAGCUGCUUUGAUGUUGCCUUUUAUAACUCUACAUUGUUGAAGGCAGCCAGACACAUUUAUGUGUUUCAACUCAAAAUAUUAGAGAAAUGGUUUGGUUUCAGGGGCUGUAAGCAACUUGAAGGAGAAGUUUGACAUCAUGGGAAAUAUGCUUAUUGCUAAGAAUUAGAUGAGAAGAUUGCUUAUACAUGUGUAGUUGAAGCCAGCAGACAAUUAGCUUCGCAUAAAGACUACAGACAGCUUUCCUGUCUCUGUCCAGCACCUCUAAAGCUAACUAAUUAACUGUUACAUCUUGUUUGUUUUAAUCUGUACAAAAAGGGAAGUGUACAAACAACAUGGUUUUACACAGGGGUUAUUUCUCGGCUGGCAGCAGUGACCUCCUGUCUCUGCAGGUUGCCAGGCAACUGCUGCUGGCCAAAAGCACAUAACCUCCUUGUAAAACCAGCAUUUAUCCCUUUUACACUUAACAAGAUGUAACAUAUUAAUGAAUAAGCUUCAGAUGUGCUGGCAGGUAGAUGUUGAUUGGACGGAGCUGGGUUAGCUGUGUCCUUUGUUUCCAAUAAAUGCAGAGCUAAGCUAAUCUACUGCUGGCUGUAGCUUCAUAUUUACCUGAAGAUCUCUAUUCCUAAAUGAUAAACUACUCCUUUAAGUUCAGUUUGAACUACAUAGAGACAGUAGUUCACCUUGAAGCAAAACUACAGCAGAUCAAUAACCCUCAUUGAGCAUCCACAGUGCUGCUCAGCAUUCUUUGUCGCUUAAUGAAUGCUUCAAUGACUUGUUGCUUGCAGCGUCUCUGCAGUUAGUUAAACACAGACUCAACCUCCAAAUCUUAACAGCCAGACUCGUUGUCUGCAGUCUUGCUUGUACCUUUGCCUAGCCUUAGCCAUCGGAAAUACAUCAACCUUUAAAUCCCCAGGGAGCAUUCGAGCACCUUCGUUGCCAUAAAUCCCUCGUAGACGAUCAGCCAUGAAAGGUGUACGCCUGCUUUGUAAAUGACUUUGAAGCCAUAAGUCUGAGGUAGCAGACACGAGUGGUAGAUCCCAAUGUUUCUGCUCUUAUUAAACAUGGAAAUCGUACAUUGCAACUUGUUUACACGAUACUUGGGACGGAACCCGACAUGAGUGUUUGUUUACCCAAGUGUCAAUUUCUAACCCAGGGAUUGAUAACCAGCGAAUCGUUAGAGGGGAACUCAUUUUUACUCCACUGACAGACAUUUACCCCCAUAACCCCAACACCCCUCCACCCUGAGCCUACAGCCCAUCACAUGUUGAUAUACGGUGCCUUACCACAGCCGAGCCCAAGUUUAACUCCAAAAGUGGACAAAUUGUAUCAUUGAAGAAAUGAUAUCGAUUUUUUUCCUGCCAUAUCUUUGACCAAACCAGAGCGUAAAACUUUCAGAGGGAGUACACUGCAGCCGCUGGUUUGCAGUACCUGAAAAUGUGCUGCACUUGUCUUUUGGGAUGCAUCAUUGUACAUAGACAGUAAUUUGGUUAAUAUGCACAGCAUGUAAAUUUAAUCAGGCCAUGUUUUACAGUUCUCUUUCCAGCCUGCUUCUAAAUGUUUGUGUUAAGAAAUCUACUCAGAAUUAUAUAAAUAUAUAGAUAUACUGUAUAAAACUUGCUUAUCUUUUUUUCCCCCAUGUGUGUAAUCUCCUUUUAUUUUCCUCUAACACCAAUAGAAUUUUAAGAUUAAUUUCUAUUUUUGUAAUGGCCAGAUAUUUAGGCGUCUGCUAUGUUGAGUUCCCUUAUUUGUUUUCCGCGCAUGUCGAUUUCAUCUUCUUUUUUUUGGGAGGGUGUCGGCUACUUUUUUGGGAAUCAAAGCCUUAUGGGGGGAUAGAUCGAAAUCUAUGUUUUAUAUGUCAAGUGUUUUUUGAUAUAGUGUUGAUAUUGUAAAAUGCAGAUGUUGUAAUGGAACGUUUGCACUUCAAAAAAACUUUUUGGGGGUUCCUGUCGUAUUGGAUUCUGUUUGCUUUUUCUAUGACUCAGAUUUCCUCUUUGAUGACAUGUUGUUGACGUUUGCUUACUAAGAAAUGUAUAUCUUCCCAAAGGGAGGAUAAAAUUAUGCACUUCGUAUUUUAUACGGCAAAACAGAGUUCAGUCUAAUCUUUUACAGUAUAUAUAUCAAAUGAUUUACAUUGACUUGUAAUUAGGCACUACCACACAAUAUUUAUUUAUUUGAAUUCAUAGUAGAGCCCAAUAGAAUUGGUAGCUUACAUGGCAUUUUUGCAUUAACUUUGAUAAAAACUGUAAAAAAGCUGGAUAUAGUGACCCCCAAAGCCCUUAAAGCCCAUGUACAUGUACAAGUUUAUUCUUGUUAGUUUUGCGUAUUUCUUCAUUUCUAUCUUCUCGUUUCUCCUUGAACUUACCUUGAAAUGUAAAACAAUCUCCUUUUUAAAAGAAAAGACUCACAGUUCUUGCUUUGUUCUGUCCAGUUCUCUAUUUGUUUGAGGCUUUUACAAAUGUUUACAAGCUACUUGUCUUAAGUGGCGUUAUCUAUGUGUGACAGGAUGAUGUAGAGGAGGUGUUCCUAACCGGAGAGUUAGGUGAGACCAAUAAUAAAUGAUCUCUAACUGACCACGUCUCUGUACUCUGUCAUUACAGCUCUAGAUUGAUCCUUCCCACCACCAAGACACAGUAGCAUUCAACACAGGAGUCAUGUUUGAACAGUAGCAACUUAAUACGCUACAGAUGUUUUAAAUUAAA